AUGGUGCUAAAUAUUUCCAUAUGUGUGAAAAAAGUAACUUUGCUGUUUUCAGAGGAGCUGCCCUUGCACAACAGGCUUUCUUUAGUACCGAUGCCUCUAAUACUUGUGGAAAUCUAUGCAAGAGUUUCAGGGAUUUCAGACUAACAGAAAGGACGGCGGUUCUUCUUUGAUUUACAGCAGGUCAGAAUGCGAGGGCUAAAUGCCAUUUUACUCUUUUUCAUCUGUGUCUGCUGCAUCAGGGCUAAGAAGACGAGGUGGUGCACAGUGUCAGAUCCAGAACAUAGGAAAUGUGCAGAACUAGCUAAAGCUCUGGUGGCAGUGCUGCCGCCAGCUGCUUUGGCAGCUUACGGCAGACUCUCAUGCAUACAAGCGUCCAGCACGACUGACUGCAUCGAUAGGAUCAGGGCAAAUCGUGCUGAUAUAGUGACGUUAGAUGCAGGAGAAGUUUAUUCUGCUGUGAAACAGUUUGGCCUUGUCGCCGUCGCCAAGGAGAUAUACAGUGACGGAGGCUGCGUUCUAUCUGUGGCGGUGGUGAGAAACAGCAGUUUGGACAUACGCUCCCUGCAGGGCCUCAGGAGCUGUCACAAUGGGGUUCGAUGGACGGCUGGAUGGAGUCUCCCCCUCGGAUUCUUGCUGUCCCGCAACUACCUGAGCUGGUCAAAGGAGCAGCCACUCACUCAGGACGUCAGUACCUUUUUCAGUGCCAGCUGUGUUCCCGGAGCUGCUGCCAUGGCACCAACCCUUUGCUCUCUGUGCCAAGGCCAGAAGUCCUACAUUCGCCAGAAGAAUUACCUCUGCGAAACGUCCCACAAUGAGCCCUUCUACAACAGCCAAGGGGCCCUUAGAUGUCUCAGGAGUGGGGCGGGAGAUGUUGCAUUUGUGGACCAUUUAGCUCUUGAAAGUAUUGGAGACAGUGAUAGAGACGAGUUCAGGCUGCUUUGCACAGAUGGCACUCAGGCUCCUGUCAGUCAUUACAGAAACUGUAAUCUGGGACGUGGUCCAGGAGGCGGCGCGGUCACUAGAUCUAACUUUCGCAAGAUUGCUCGCAAGUUUCUAGUGACUAUACAGAUGCUGUUUGGCCAACGAGGGAGAGAGAGACAGCGGUUCCAACUCUUCAACUCAUCUUCUUUUGGAGAAAACGACCUGCUCUUCAAAGACGUAACAGAUAAACUAGCUGUUCUGCCAGAUGACAUGGAUGUCAGUCAGGUGCUGGGGCUGGAUUAUGUGGCACUCCUCAAAGGUCUUGGACAUGAAGGGAGCUCACUGGAGGACAGUGUUGUCCGAUGGUGCUGCAUCAGCCAUGCAGAGCAGAAGAAAUGUGAGCAGUGGGCUCUCAGUAUUAAGUCAGACCCGCUGGUGUGUGUCAAAGCCGUCUCAAUGCGCGACUGUAUCGAGAAAAUUAAGAGGGACGAGGUGGACGCCGCCUCUCUGGAUGCAACUCACUCUUACAUCGCAGGAAAAUGUGGUCUUGUCCCUGUAGUUACAGAAUAUUAUGGAGGAAAAUGUGUGCCUGCUGAGGGAUCAACCCACUUAGAGACAGAUGUGUUGCCCUCAGUGGUGGGUGUGGCGGUCGCAAAGCGCUCCAACAGAAACGUAUUCAUCGGGAACCUGGGAGGCCGCCGCUCAUGUCUUGGCUACAUGUACAGCCCGGCAGGAUGGCUGCUGCCGUACAGACACACACUAAGCCUGGAGCACAACAGCAGCUCCCCCUGUGAUCCAAACCAAGUGUACAACGACGUGUUUUGGAAAGGCUGCCUUCCUGGCUCUCAGGGGAAUCUGUGUAAAGUGUGUCUGGGAGGCAUCGGGGAGGCUGCCACCAAACGCUGUGCUGACAACCACAAUGAGCGUUACUAUGGCAACAUGGGGGCAUUAAGGUGUCUGGUUGGAGAUCCCAGUGGUAAAAGCUACGGCGACGUGGCCUUCCUCGAGCACCACAACCUUCUUGCAAACAUCCUAAGUUUGAGUUCCACUGGUUGGGCAGAGGGGUUAACGUCAUCAGACUACGAGCUGCUGUGUAGUGAUGGUCGUCGUGCCCCGUUGUCAGAGUGGGAGAGCUGUAACCUCGGAGUCAUCCCACCGAACUCCAUCAUGACAAGGCCGGUGCUCACGGCACGAGUGUACGACUUCCUCAUGAAAUCACAGGAAACUUUUGCAGCCAACCCAAACACAGAGUUCAAGCUCUUUGAGUCUCAGCAAUAUGGGGAAAGUGAUCUGCUGUUCAAAGAUGCAACUCAGUGUUUUGUGCACACGAGCCACAUGGACUACCGUUCCAUCCUCGGAGAGGAGUUUUACCAACAGGCAGAAACGGUCUUCAACUGCACACACUCUGAUAUCUUGGAGUUUUGUAAUCAGGAUGUUUGCAGCAUAUUCUAGUGGACACAC